GCUACCGGAUGCAUGUAUUGUAAAACAAUUGUUUACAUGUCUUUGCUUACUCCUGAGCUUCCUCCUUUUAGAACUAAUCUUCAUUGACAGGUUAGAUACAUCUGCCUGCUCAUCUAACCUCAAAAAUGCCGAGGGAAAUUAAGGAGAUUAAGGACUUCCUGCUGAAGGCAAGAAGGAAAGACGCCAAAUCGGUUAAGAUAAAGAAGAAUCCUGAGAACACCAAGUUCAAGGUGAGGUGUUCCCGGUUCCUCUACACCCUCGUUAUCCGAGACAAGGAGAAGGCAGAGAAACUGAAGCAGUCCCUACCUCCAGGUCUUCAAGUUAAGGAAGUAAAAUGAGUGUUUUAAUUUUUAUUUAAAUAAAAAAAAUAUUUUAAA